CUCCACUGUUCCAACUUGUCAGUCAACUCAUGCCAGCACUCUCCACGUCUGCCUCUUCUACACACCCUCAUUACAUGUGUCUGUCUGGACUGAUCUGCUCAUCUGUUCAGGGACUCUCCUAACAAGUCAAAAAUUCUGCCUUCUCUCUGCUCUGGAAUUGGAUCAAAUCACUUCAGCUUUUUUUGUAGCCCCACCAGGAGGCUUUUUGCUUAUGGUCUUAUUCUGUUUUCCUUCACUACUUGUCUGUUUUUGAUUUCUAGAAUGGAGGAAGCCGAAUUGCUGAAAGAAAGAUUCCAGGCCAUAACAGACAAAAGAAAACUGCAAGAAGAAAUUACACAGAAACGUCUAAAAGUGGAAGAGGAAAAAAUGACACAUCAACAUUUAAAGAAAAAGGCCUUGAGAGAAAAAUGGCUCUUGGAUGGCCUUAGUUCUCUCACUCCAAAAGAGCAAGAAGAAAUGCAAAAGCAGAAUCGGGAGGACCAACAACGGACUGAUGAGCUGGAACAAGAUAUUUUCAGACUGGAGAAGGAAAUUGAGGCUCUGGAAAGAGAGGAAAUGGAAGUCUCAGCUAAGGAAGAAGCAAUUUUAAAGAAACUUAAGUAUGUUGAGAAAACAACAGAAGACAUAAUAAAGUCUGUGAAGACUGAAAAAGCAGGAGUUGCAAAAGAGGCAGCAGACUACAUAUACACCAGCAUACCUGACCUUCCCAAGUAUUUCAGGCCUUCCGCACUGAGAAGUACUGCACAUGCUGCCACUGAUGAUGAAGAAAAGAGAAAAGCAUUGUUUGCCAUGGAAAUUAAAGUUGAAAAAGACAUAAAGACAGGAGAAAACACAGUGUUAUCAACAAUACCUCUUCCCUCAAAGGAGUUUAAAGAGACAGGGAUUAAAGUGUAUGAUGAUGGCAGGAAGUCAGUCUAUGCAGUGUCCUCAAAUGGCAGUACAACACAAAAUGGCAUGGAUGAACUUGCUCCUGUUGAGGUGGAGGACCUGCUACGGCAGGCAACUGAAAAAAAUUCCCAGUCUCCCACAGAGUACCAUGAGCCUGUGUUUGCAAACAAAUUUUGCCGGCCAGUUACUCCUCAGAAAGACAAAUUAGUCCCUGGACCAAAACUGGAAGACACUCACAGAAGAGAGAUUAAUGGAUUUAGCAAUCAUCAGACAGAAUUCUCCUCCAAAACAGAGCCCUUUAUGCAGCAACAUAAAGAGAAUGGGCUUGAUCUUCCAAAGGUAACGCAGCCAAAGUCUCCCUCUCCAGUACCUUCCCAUUCAGAGAAGACAGUGCACACUAAUCCUGAGAACAGGAUGGCACAUAACGAAGAAAGAAAAGCUGUGUAUAAGGAAUUAAAACCUUACCAGAAUACAAGAGAAAGACAUAAUGAGACAAGGUUAAGUCCCUGCCAUCUUAAUGAAAUAUCCCCUGCACCUCAAGGUGAGGAAGAUGUUCAAUACAGCAUUGUCCAAGCUGUACCAUGUUACGUGGAUGAUUCUGAACCAGUAACAAUGAUUUUCAUGGGUUAUCAGCGCAUUGAUGAUGACGAUGCAGAAGCAGACCAAAAGUUGUCACGAUACGAUGGGGUUAUCCGUGCAGAAUUAGUCAUCAUUGAUGACGAUGAUGAUGACAGCAAAUCUGAGACACCAGCAUAUCAUCCCGUAGGCCACUAUAGUCAGGUUUAUCAGCCACCGAGCAGGAAAGUCACAGAAGUCCCACAGACGAACCCUGUGAGCAGUUUGGGUGCGAGCCUGAACAAGGUACCCCACAAAAAUUCCAUCUCCUUGCAAGAACAAGAGGAACACUUAGGCUCACCAACACACUGUGCUCAUCUUCACAGCCAGGUAUCUGGUGAUGGUACAGAAGAUCCCUCACUAACAGCUCUGAGGAUGAGAAUGGCAAAGCUGGGGAAAAAGGUGAUUUAACAGUUGUAAUGACGUGGAAGUAAAAUUUACUAUUCAAAGCAGAAUAAAGCUAAGAAGAGUUUCUUCAACACACCUUUUUUGGAUCAUAAUGCUUGUUUUGCUCCUCUGUUUUAUGCAUCUGGGUUAUUUUGCCCUUUACAUAAUCCAAUGGACAUUAACAGACUUUUAGAUUUGACCAGCUGCCACAUACACUCAAAUCAUAUCCUAGAUUUUGCUGAAAGUAGUGGAAAGUUACCUAAGACCAAAAAUGCAGUGUAUAUCCAAGUCUGAAGACACGUGCAUACCUGUUCCCACAAUCAGGAAUACGUUGCUGCUAUAUAUGCAGAAUGGAUAAACACCCAUCUCCACAGAACUUCACAGGACAUUGUUUCACUUCAAAGUGUGCCAAUCUACACAGUUUUGAUUGAAAAAGCCAUCCCAGCACUUUUCUGGUAAAAGCAUUGGUUAAUAAGAAAAUAGACAUGAGUGAUAGGAACAGCAAGAAAUGUAAAUAUAGAAGUUGAGUUUUGAAGCGUACCACCUUGGCCCCAAAUUUAAAGCAUUCCUUUUUAAGUGACAGCAAAACAAACAAAAAAUAGUAAAGUCAGCAUUUAAAUAUUUAGCCACCUUCUGGACCUCCACAGUCCACCCACCCUUCUAUUUUAGGUAUGACAGCAUAGCAAUCCUCAGACCCUGCUCCCUUCUCCAUGCCACAUACAUUCUGCCCACCCACAACCUCACAGAUUGAUCCUGUGCAUAACACUAUGAACAGCCUGACCUCCCAAGCAUGGUUUUACCUCCUAGCUUGCUCAGAAAGCCCUGCUUUUCCAGGAAACUGGUUGCCAGACAGGCAGUGCCUGUCCAUCAAAAAAAAAAAAAACCAACCAAAAAAACCCACCAAAACCCAAAACCAUAACACAAACCAAAACUGCUUAGUAUACAGGUUUCAGCUGGCCAGGGAGCUCAAAUCAGUGCAAGCCUCCCAUCAGAAAUACUGAGUUGCCAAUGGCUUGUCCUGCAGCUGCAACAGAAGGUCUGUUACAGGUGCAGCCACUGCUGGGCACAGCUCUCCAGCAAGGUCCAAGGCUCCCACCAAGGAACAGGUUAAUUCUUUCCACAGAAGGGAGGAGCUAAGGGCCCUUAAAGCAGCCAUAAGGUACAAUUAUACCUAGAAAAAUCACAUGUAAGUCAGAUUUUUCCAGUAUGUAGUUCUUGGGGGCGAAAAAGUGCCUCAUAGAACUACAUCCUUACAUUCAAAUCAGGAUGAUAGCUUUAUUUUGCUAGGUCUUAGCCCGGUUUGAAUCACUAGACAGAUAAAGCUCAGGUUGUGUUAUUUUAAUACAGCUGACUCAAAUUAUGCACCAGCAAAAGAAAACCAUAACUUUUUUGCCGGUCUUCCUCGUUUCAAAGCAGGAAACUGAAGCUACUACCUCAUACUGAGGCACAAUGGUAGUAAUCAGCUGACUUGUAGCCUCUAAACACUAGGUGACUCCCAGUCUGAAGUGGGUAAUAAUCUCAAAUUUUAGGACUUGCCAGAGAUGGUUACCUGGAGAGUGGAAUAGUAGAUAAGAACAAAUAAAUUUCACUAUAUUACA